AUGACUUAUACCGACUCCAACACCUCCUCGGAGCAGCUGUCUCCUGUUAGCUCCCCUCCCACAACUCCCGGACAUGGUUCGGCGAACGGCGAUGCGCCUUAUCUUGACCUUGAUGGCGGCCUCUAUCAGCCCCCAAUGUCCUCGGGUGUUGGUGGCAACUUUAUCCUCGUCAUCGGCGGCCUCGGCUUCAUCGGAUCCCACACAACUCUGGAGCUUCUCAAGGCAGGUUACAACGUCGUCAUUGUCGACAACCUCAGUAAUAGCUUCGAGACCGUCUUUUCGCGAAUUCAGGGGCUCGCUUCAAAGCACUAUCACGGCACUGGCCGCUCGGUUCCUGCCCUGUGCUUCCACAAGCUCGACUACCGUAGUAAGGCGAUGAAGCAUCUCCUAGAGAUGUAUUCUGUCGCCGUCUUCAAACCGGCAGCCUCGGCCGAAGAAGGGCCGCGUCUGGUGAGGCAAUCACGCAUAUCUGGAGUCAUACACUUUGCAGCUUUCAAGUCCGUGUCCGAAUCCAUCGCCAAGCCGAUUCAGUACUACCAGAACAACGUCUGCGGUCUCGUUGACUUUGUCGAGUUGCUGGGAAAGCACAACAUUCGCAACUUUGUCUUCUCGUCCUCGGCUACCGUGUACGGCACCAAGGCUGACUUGGGCCGGCCUCUCCGAGAAGAGGACGUCGUGCACCACCCGGAGAGCUACGUCAACGACGAUGGGGAUGUCACCGUGGCCGAGCCACUCGUGUCUGGCCUCCAGAGUCCCUACGCGCGUACUAAAUACUUUUGCGAGGCCAUCUUGGCCGACAUCGCCCAGUCGGACCCUGACUGGCGCAUCGUCCUUACGGGAGCCCGGAAGGAGCUUGAUGUUUUUGGCACAGACUGGGACACCCGUGAUGGUACCCCUGUCCGCGAUUUUAUCCAUGUUUCUGACGUGGCUAGGGGUCACGUUGCCGCCAUCGCGGCCAAGGCUGGUCAACCAAGGAGAGCAUCUCGCAGUGCGCAAGGGACCUGUGGAACUUUGUCUCCAGAUCCGACAUCAAGACUUUCUGAUUUCCCAUGGCCAGUCCACUUGAUGCUGCGGGUUGUUCCUGGUACAUAG